GAGACUUGCAAAUAGCUUCUCAGUGCUCGCCAAACAGUUCCCAAUUAUACAUCUGAACUGUACAAAGAGAAUUAUUUUACUUCUAUUCAGGUACCAUACUUCACACACACAAGUCCAAAUUGAAAUUACAAAUACAUAUUCAUUAUCUUCAAGUAAAUAAACUAUACAGGCAUGAACCUUAUCAUAGAUGUACAAAAAUUGCAUGCCGAUUCUAAUUGGGACCAUUCACGUUGCUUAAUGGGAUGAGAAUAGCACAGUUAUUAAACAGAAUAGCAGGACCUCAAUGUGUUAUCCACGUAAUAUCAGCAAACUCCAUUGAAAAUAAAUAUGUAAAGGCUUGGGAACUUUUCCAGCAUAUUUUAUAUAAGAUAAAGGAGCUAACAGUUAUACUGAUAGGAGAAGAAUUAAAAGCUCAAGAUAUAAAUUUGAAAAGUUGUGACAACUGCAAAUCUCAAAAUCAGAGGAUUAGUAUCGUAUGUCGUCCUGGAUCUUACCAAGAGUAUACGACUGAUCCGAUGUUUCAGCUACCAAAUGUGAUCAUAAUAUUUCAAGCACAUUUUGAUACAAGAAAUACGUGGCAAGAAGAUAAGUUAUUGGUACCACAGCGUAUGAACUGUCCAUAUAUUCUAACAGCUGUAUCGCAAUCUAUAGCGGAAGCGAAUGUAAAGAAUAUAGGAGAGAUUGUGAAUAUAAACCCUAUACAUUUUGGACCAAACUGUUUCAAGUCCCUUUAUUCAUACAGACAGAUGCAUACUGAUUGUGUCGGCUAUCCUAAUUCGUAUAUAACUGUGUAUCGGAAUUUACAACCUUCAUAAAAACUAUUCUAAAUUAUUUGUAGCCCUCUUAUGCAAUUCCUAUAUCACUUGUAUUAUUAUAAAAAGUACAAAAGAUAGAU